AUAAAAAAAUUAAAUUAUAAUUUCAGAAAUAUAAAAAUGAGAGAACUGGAGGUGUCCUCUCCUGGGAAGGUAAUCCUGUACGGAGAGCAUGCUGUUGUUUUUGGUAAAACUGCAUUAGCUGUCAGUAUAAACCUUAGAACUAAACUUACUAUUAAGGAAGGUACAGACUACCUUGUUGUAAAAUUCCCAGAUAUGAACAAAGUAUAUACCUGGAGAUUGGAAGAGUUGACCCAGCUCCGUGAAAGUUUAUGCCUCGAUACAUGUACACAGAUUCCAACCCCAGCAGACGCUGAAACAAUAGAAGGAAUGAGAGAUUUUGUAACCUCUAGCUGUAACAACAAUACAGAUUCCGACAGUGGUAUUGUAGCCUUUCUCUACCUUUACAUGAGACUCUUCUCCGCUCUACCUCCGCUUGCGGUCAAUUUGUCUUCAGAGAUACCAAUAGGAGCUGGACUAGGGAGUAGUGCAGCAAUGUCAGUUUGUUUCUCCUCUUCCUUAGUCCUCUACUCAAACCUGUUGAACGAACAGAAUACUGGUAAUGGAAACUGUAAGGAGAAUGGCCAUGAUACAAGAACUAGAAGAAAAGAGAUAGAAAUAAACCCUGAGAAGAGACAGUUAAUAUCUGAUUGGGCGUUUAUGGCGGAGAAAAUAAUGCAUGGAACUCCAUCAGGAAUAGACAACAGUGUCUCUACAUUUGGAGGUGCCCUGGCAUAUAGAUCUGGAGAAAUGUUGCCUGUAUCUGAUCUCAGUGGUCUACAGAUUCUACUGGUAAAUACAAAAGUUCCCAGGAAUACUAGAGAACUAGUCUCAGCUGUUAGAAACAGACAUAUUCUUUUACCCAAGGUGAUUGGGCCGAUAUUUGACGCAAUUGAGCGUAUUACGCAGACUGCUAUAUCCAGCCUUCAAGCAUCAGCAAUCAAGGGGUUCAAGGGAUGCCAGGAGGAGUUUAGAACACUAGAGAACUUGAUCGACAUCAACCAGGGUUUACUGGCAGGACUGGGCGUAUCCCACCCCGCCUUAGGCCGGGUUGUGGAAAUAUUCGCCGGUAACUCUAUUCACGCCAAGCUGACCGGAGCCGGAGGCGGAGGUUUCGCCCUCGGCCUAAUAACGCCGUAUGUUCAACGUCAGCAGGUUGAGAAAUCAAGACAUGAACUCGAGGAUCUAGGAUUUCCAUGUUAUGAAACCCAAAUAGGUGGUUCAGGUGUUAGGGCCUGGUACAGCUAGAUACAAUGUACACUGUACAGGUUGGGUACAGCUACCUCCCAUAUUCAAAGGAACACAGGCCCGGUACAGCUAAAUACACUGCUUGAGUGUUCAGGCCCGGUACAGCUAGAUACACUGCUACAGUGUGUGGCCCGGUACAGCUAGAUACACUGCUACAGUGUACAGGCCCGGUACAGCUAGAUACACUGCUACAGUGUACAGGCCCGGUACAGCUAGAUACACUGCUACAGUGUACUGCAGGCCCGGUACAGCUAUAGAUACAAUGCUUCAGUAUAAAGUCCCGCAUACAGUAGGAUCAGAAUAAUAAAGACGAUCACAAUUUUUUUUUAUGCACACACCCUGGAUUAACCAGACUUAGAAGCAUUUGGUUUCUUCUAUUUGAAAUCUUACGCGCUUUGGUCUAUAAUCAAACAAUCUUUAAACUUACGGUUUUGUUUGUUUUAGACUUUUCAUUCAAAAUGUAUUUGUCGGCAACAAAGUAUUUUAUGUAAAGGCUAAACAAUUAUGUUUAAUAGCAAAAUUGUGAUCGAAAGUCACAGCUUUCUGGAAUAUUGACAGAACCGUUAAAUACACGUGC